AUGGCGUCGGUAACCAUCUAUUCUGUUACCAAUUAUAACUGGAAAGAAAUUAAGCCCGAAAAUCACCCAAUUAAAAAAGAUAGCUUUAAUAUAUCCUCUAUUUACGAUUUUUUAGUUUCUCCAGCGACUGUACUUAAUUGUAAUUUUGACGAAGACCUGUGUGGUUGGCGCCAACCUCAAAACAUCGAUUAUUUCGAUUGGAAAAGAAGAAGCGGCCCAACACCUAGCCAUAGUACUGGGCCAGAAACUGAUCACACAUCUAAAAAUGAUAGUGGUUACUAUCUUUAUAUUGAAGCUUCAAGCCCUAGAAAUAAAGAUGAAUACGCUGAUCUCAUCAGCCCACCGUUAACUUUAUCUGCCAUUGAUAGCAGCGUCAAGGUCAUCCUUCGAGGCUUCAUUGGUUCUACAUUCCUUGGCGAUUUCGCAAUUGAUGACAUAAAUGUCCAUCCGAUUGAAAAUAGCUGCUUUUCUGAUGUGGGAAAUUAUUAUCGUGGAACUCUAAAUACAGCAAAUGGAUUUCAAUGCCAAACAUGGAGCUUGGUUAGCUCCACUCCAAAUACAUAUACGCCAUCGAAAUAUCCUGACGCUGACCUAACUUUAAAUUAUUGUCGCAAUCCUACUGAAUCUCGAGCAAGACCCUGGUGCUACACUAGUAAUUCUGGGCAGUGGCAGUUUUGUAAUAUUCCUAAAUGUCAAGUUCCUGUACUUGCAACUCCAUCAUUUCCUUUAGGAAAUAAAUAUCCUAUAGUUAUGGUGGAUAAAGGUGUAUAUUUUACCACUACCGGACGAGUUACAUUAUACUAUAAUGGACUCUGGGGUACAAUUUGCAAUUCUGGCAUAACGCAAGAUACAAUCAACGUUAUUUGUCGACAGACAGGAUCUGGAAACACAGGAACAUUUAUCAGUAAUAACAGCUAG